AUGAAUCUCACUGUUAACCACCCCAGCAGGACUCCCGCGGCCGCACCUGACGAAGAUGGCGCGGAUCAGAUCGGCUUUGAUACGCCCCGCUCCGGGGUGGCGACCCCUCAACCCGACCUCCAUGACAAACGCCUGCCGGGCAUUAUGAGCUACUUCGGCCAGGUUCGUACAGAUUCUUCUCACAAUUCUGUAUCUGCCCCUGUCGCGUCGGAUCGCAAUCGAGGACAAUCGCUUCCUGGUCCCUCAACGAAACAAGUCGAGACGGACGGGAAGGCUUCUCAGGUCAGCUCAGUGGAUGCUGUGCCCGGUGGCGAUCCUGAACCAACAUCCCCAUCACUCCCCCACCCCGAAGAGCGGCCAUCAUCACCACACACUUCAUCCAUGGCACUGGUUCAGACACAUCAGUACCCGACACCGCCGAUAUCCAGACGGUCGUCGGCGGGACUUUUGAAAAGAAGUCUGUCACUGCGAUAUGGAGAAUCACGGUCCGCGGCAUCCUCAUCUGCGCGACCGAAGCUCCAAAGAGGCGUCACAGAUUACCCGCAAAAAUGCCAUAGUCUCACCCUCAUGUCCCAACCUUCAAGCAUCGUCACAACUUCAGUUGUGCAUGCUCAUCACAUCUCAAAUCCCAGUCUUCACAAGCCCAUCACACCAACAUCCCCCAUUGCUUUCCACGUUGGUUCAGCGCAAAAAGCCGCUUCCCUUCACAGCUCUUCGUCAGUUGAUCAGCUCAAGAAGCUAACACAGUUUGCGGGAUUCAAGAGCGGUCCACCAACUCCUACAAGGGCGCUUUCAGCGGCGCAGCCCUCCCAGGCUGAGGAGAGGUCAACCUCCAAGAGAAGCAGCAACGAAACUGUCCCCCCUAGCGGCGUUCAGACACCCAUCCGGCGCGGUACCACCGGUGCUCAAGUUCCCGCUGCUCGCGGCAAACUCACGAUCAAGAUUGUUGAGGCCAAGGGCUUGCGGCGUGCCAAGGACCCCUAUGUCGUAGCCGUUUUCCAGAGAAGCGAGCUCAUCUCAGGAGGCCCGCGUUCCGUCGAAGAGGAGGAUGACGUGAACCUUCCGGCGCCCUCCUUUGGAGGCAUUCCGAUUCAAAGACAAGGCAGCGACUCAGGCCGCCCGGUCAUGUCUAUUCCUAUGCGCAGCCGCCAGAGCAGCAAUACCAGCAUUUCCGAUUACAACACAUUCCGCAACCGUUCCCGCCGAUCCUUCACCAGUCCAAAGUGGGACGCCGAGGCGGAAUUGUAA